UUUUAUUUAACCUUUUUAAAAAAACAGAGUAGCUAUUUCUCUCUUCUCUUGGCAAAGCAAGAGUUGAGAGAGAUCUCAUCGGCUUUAUACUUUUUGAAGAGAUCUCAUCCUUUUUUCCUUUCAGUUUCAGAUCUCUAUAUCUUUUUCCAGAAUUUUGAAUCAGGUUUCGCUUAUUGGGUAGAUUCAGCCAUGGAUUUCAUGAAGGUCUUCGAUCAAACGGUUCGCGAAAUAAAGAGGGAGGUGAAUUUGAAAGUAUUGAAAGUCCCUGAGAUCGAGCAGAAGGUAUUGGAUGCUACUGAUGAUGAGCCCUGGGGCCCUCAUGGUACUGCUUUGGCUGAGAUAGCACAGGCUACAAAAAAAUUCUCCGAGUGUCAGAUGGUCAUGAAUGUGCUCUGGACAAGAUUGACUGAAACUGGAAAGAACUGGCGAUAUGUCUAUAAGUCAUUGGCUGUUAUAGAGUACUUGGUGGCGCAUGGAGCUGAACGUGCAAUUGAUGACAUCAUAGAACAUACCUAUCAGAUCUCUUCUCUCACAACUUUCGAGUAUGUUGAGCCAAAUGGUAAGGAUGUGGGAAUUAAUGUGAGGAAGAAGGCGGAAAAUGUUGUGGCAUUAUUAAAUAACAAAGAGAAGAUACAAGAGGUUAGGAGUAAAGCUACUGCAAAUCGUGAGAAGUACGUUGGACUAUCAUCUUCCGGAAUAACAUAUAAGGCAAGCUCUGCCUCUUUUAGUAGCAGCAGAAGCGGCUUACAGAGUAGUGAACGGUAUGGAGGUUUUGGAAAUAAAAGCGAUGGUGAUUCAUUUAAGGAUAGUUAUAAUGAAAAGGAUCGAUAUGAUGAAGAUAAGGUCGAUCAAAGUACUUUUAAGCCAAAGAAGGGAUCCUCUCGCUAUGGCAGCAAAGUUCAAGAUACUGUUUCUGCUAGUGGAUCAAAGAUGAUUAAGAAGGUAGGUGAGCCUGAAAAAUCUUCUUCACAGAGCUCAACUGUACCAUCAACCAAUUACGAGGAAGAUUUUGACGAUUUUGAUCCUCGGGGUACUUCAAGUUCUAAGCCUUCUGCAGGAAGUUCUAACCAAGUAGAUCUAUUUGGGCAAGAUUUGCUCGGUGACCUCUUGGAUGUACCAACACCUGCUCCAACUGCUACAUCUACAGUGAACACUAAUCCAUCAGAGGUUGAUUUAUUUGCUGAUGCCACCUUUGUAUCAGCAAAACCUGAAACUGAAAUGGGUGUAACUUCCCAAACUCCAAUGGGUGUGGAUCUGUUUGCCUCCCAGCCUGCCCCUUCAGGUGCAGCUUCAACAAUAGAUUUCUUCGCUGCACCGGAUCCUGUUAUACAGUCUGAUAACAAAUCCUCAAAAUCAGACCAAAUGAAUAUCAACAUUGUUGAUCCAUUUGCUUCAGUUCCACUAAAUACUUUUGAUAACUCUGACCCUUUUGGUUCAUUUGUUUCUCAUAAACCUGUACCUUUCCCCGAUGAAAAUACUAGCAAUGGCGGGAAUCAUGAUGCUCGUGACAAAGUAAGCAAAUUGUCUGUUGAAGCUAAAACACCAGCAAAGAACACAUUUCAAGUCAGGUCUGGAAUAUGGGCUGAUUCAUUGAGCCGUGGGCUGAUUGAUCUGAAUAUAAGUGCACCCAAAAAGGUUAACCUUGCAGAUGUUGGCGUAGUGGGAGGAUUGACUGACGGAUCAGAUGAGAGAGAAAAAGGGCCAACUUCUUUUUACAGUAGCAAAGCAAUGGGUCAAGGAAUUGGGUAUGGCAAAUCUGGUUUUCCAUCAGCACCAACAGCUGGAGAUGACAUAUUUUCAAGUCUCAACACACAAAACUAUCAGUUUGGCAGUUUUCAGAAGUGAAUAAUUGCAGGUCAAGAUAUUCAUUUGUGAGCUUUGACGAUCGGAUUGGAGACACUACAUUGUGAUUCUGUAAAUUAGGAAAGUGACCAAACCAGCAACUAUUUGAAGUACAACCCCAUGCAGCGUCUUCUAUGCUGAUAUUAUCUUUGUUUUGGUUUUUCUUAGCCCCUACUCUUAAGGAGCUUGUAUUCAACUUUUCAAAUCAUAUCUUAUAUAAAGCUUGUCUCAUAUAACAAGAA